ACACAAGCGACACUCGGCCCGGUGCCAUGGCGCGAAUGGCGACAUGACGCGCUUUCCGCGUGGCAAGUGUCAUGGAGGACAUCGAGCAACUGGCUCGGGCGGCUGCGCAAAGCUUGGGAUUGCAGCUGUCGCGAGGUCGAGAAUCUCGAUAUGUCGGCGUGCUACAGCAGAGGUCCACGGGGAAAUGGCGUGUGCGCAAGGCCGGCGUCAUUUCGAAGUCCAACAUCUUUGACCUUGAGAUACAGGCCGCCCUGGACGUUCGGGUGCAACAGUUGGACUUCUCCGGGCAGAGCCAGGAAGCCACUGAAAUGCGACAGGUGCAGGAAGCCUUACAGGCGAUUGCUCCGGAGCUGCUGAAGAUCCUCUGCAGCUGCCGAAAGCCGGGUGCCAGCUGCCAUUGCCAGGAGAAAGCCCUGCGGGAGGCGGAAUCCGCCAAAGCAGCCUUGGAGGCCAUCCGCGCCGUCGCCGCCCAGGCCCCGCCCGGACCCGUCGUUCCGGCGGGGCCGCCGCCACCAGCGCCGCCGGUGGAAGUGACGGAGCCACGUGCGAAAACAAUCGAUGAGUACUACAGUAUCGAGACGGUGCGGCGGCAGCAUCAGCUGGAUCGGCGCCGCGCCAAGGAGUCGCGGCGCCGCUGGCGGCGGCAGCAGCUCGAGGGCACGCUGGAAACGCAGUUGCAGCAGACUGGGCAAAUGACAGGCGUGGGAAGUGCAGAUGCGAGCGGCGAUGCGCAAGGUUUCACCACGCUGCGGCGCCACUUUCUGCAGCAGGUGCGGCGCGCCAAGAGAAGACGCCGUUUCCAGGACCCCGAGGGGCGCGGCUUCAGCGCGGCGCUGCUGGAGCGCUUAGGCGGCGGGCGGCGCGUCAUCGGUUUCCAUCAGGCGGCCCUGCGGCUACAGCAACUGCAGCUGCAGCAGGAGGCACGGCGACGUUUGCAGCAGUCUGCUGAGACGGGUGCGAUGGUGCCCAUGACGCCGGAGGGCCGUCAUCCAGACAUCUCGGCGAACUUGGAGGUGGAUGAGCCCCGAAGAAGACCCAAGCGCUUGAGGACGCCCACGGACAUUUUACUGAAACGUUUGGUGCUGAAGCGGCGCAAAGAGGCGGAAGAAGCGCAAGAGGCUGCCGGAGACGAGGUGAAGGUGGUUUCGAUGGAGUUGGACGCUGUGAAAGGAGAGCUGGCCCAGAUGGCCAAGAGCAAAGCAGCAAAGUUGGAGUGGCUCCUGUUGCAGCGCUUGGCCCCCGAGCCGGUGCUCACCAACGUGACGCUCUGCGACGAAGAGCGGGCGGCCCAACUGGAGGAAGAGAGGCUGCAGAAGCUUUGGGAACUCGAGGGUGGGGCCGAAGAGGAAGAGCGAAUCGCCAAAGAAUGGCGCGGGAUCUUGCGCCAGCGUCGUCAAAGCUUCCUGGCCCUGCGCGGUGCCCACCGCUGGCGCCGGCGGCCCAAGGAGCCUUCCCAGCCCUCCCAGCCCCAGCCGGAGCCGGCAAGGGAAGCGGAUGCAGCUGCGGAGGCACCCGCGGCCACGGUCCCCGAAGCGGAACCGGCCACGGUGGAUCCGUAUUUGUGAUCGCAUCGCGGCUGCCACGAACUCAGCGCAAAAUCAGGUGCGACCGCUGGCCGCAGAAAAAAAGGGUUGCCUCACAUCGUGAAGCCUGAAGCUAGG